GGUGAUUAGUGAAAGAAGACUAAGAGUGCAGAAUGAGGGUUAAGUAAGAACGGGCCACUGGAAGGUCCGAGUCAAAUAUUUUACCCACGUUUUCCCCAGAUUUUCUCCCGCUCUCCGCAACUCAAUAAACGACACAAGGAACUCAACGACACCGACACCAUGCUUAUCGAAUGAAUCACGCAUUGCAAGCCAUGGUCAGCUACUGACUAAUCUUAUCUGAGCUACUGCCCGACGACGUACAUUCUUGCGCUUCGUGUACUCGACCUUGUUCUGCUAGUACUAUCACCAGAAUGCCCCCACCCCGAUAUUCCGCACUCGACCUGAUUGUGCAGUAAAUCGUGUACGGACUAGUCACUUUACACUUGUUGCGCAUAAUAUUAUUCAUAUUCCAGGGGACAGGCCAUGAUGAACGACUCUUUACAACACUUACUUGAUGCCGGGGAGACAGAAUUCCCCCCACAAAAUGGUAUCAUUCUUUCAACUGCAACUGUGGGAUCAGGUUCCGAUAGCCCUGCAGAAGGCAAUCAUAGCAAACUUGAAGCUGCCAUGUCCCGACGGCGUCCAGCUCCAAGAGGUACAGCAGCAUAUCCGCGCAAGCGGGCAAAUCGGGCAUGUCAGGUUUGCAGAGCCCGGAGAACGAAAUGUGAUAAUAAGAAGCCGUCAUGUUCGUUUUGCGAGAAAGUGGGUGCAAAAUGUAUCACCAGUCCGACAGAUCUGUCAUCCUUCGAUCCGGCAAGCCUGGCGAUUCUAGACCGCUUGGAGCAGUUGGAAAAGCUGAUCCGGGAGAAGCCAUUAGAAGUAAGCGUGCAUCCACCACCAUCGGUCGAACCAUCAGCUCUCAGUUAUGGAUCUCCUCCCCAGGAUCUACAAUUCGGACCUGAUCUUAGUACAGUCACCAUCGAGACUGUACUUGCUUGGGAUGUAUUCCAAGGCCGAUUCGACGCGCAGUUGGACAUCAAAUCAGUUCUCAAGAAUUAUGAGAUGCCGCCUUCUCCGAUUACUUCUCCUGUUGGUGAAGCUAUCCCGUUGAUUAACAGCUUAGAGCUGGGAUCAUGCAACAGAUUGCUCGACAGCUUUCUGAGCCGUGUGCAUAUCGCCAAUCCAAUCUUAGAUGUCGAGUUGAUUCGUAGUUAUGUAAACCAUGCCUGUUUGAAUGGAAUCGGUUGGGAUGCACAGUCAUGUCUAGUGCUUCUCGUUUGCGCUCUAGGAUCCAUUGCCGAAGCAUUUCAUGACGUUCACCCUCACACAUCUCUCAUGACGAGAAACUUACCCAGCUUCGGAUUAGCAAAAGUCUUCUUCGAAGCUUCACAGAAACGCAUUGGAUUACUAAUGCGCGGCAGCGGAGUUCUUGAAGCCCAAUGUUUCUUCUACUCUGGUGUCUAUCUAAUGACGAUACAACAGCCCAUGGAUGCAUGGAGACAUUUUGUCCAAGCUGCUGCUAUUUCGCAAGGAUUUGACUUUUUGAAGCGAUCUCUCACUACAGACAUGUUGCUUGCCAACGGUAUGCACCGAGAGCGAGCUUCUCAAGAGUGCAUAUAUUGGACAUGCUUUAAAUCAGAACUCGAGGUUCGUAUGGAGCUGUCUCUACCAGGAUUCGGAUUACAGGAUCUAUCUUAUCCCAGUUCAUUUCCUAGUCCACCACUAGACGACCUGGGAGAUGAUUCUGCACGAGCGUGGUAUUACUAUCUCGCGGAGAUUGCAUUGCGUCGACUAGCCAACCGCAUCUUGUACAAUUUAUUCCGUCAUCAGGACAAAGGUCGAUUUCCACGGAUCGUGGAUAUGGUAGAAAUGACUGCCGCAUUUGAAUCACAAGCACUUGACUGGAUGGUCUCAUUACCGCCAAUAUUCUCCCUCCAAACCCCCGAAGAACAAGAUGAUGUUCUCAAAUUCGUCCUCCGUGGCCACCUCCUUGACUGCUACGAAUGGAUGUACUUCCCCUUCAUGGCCGAAACUAUCAACUACGGACGCCGUGACCCAGUUCUCGACGAAUACACCCGAAAAGGCCUACAAAUGUGUGCCGAACGAAUCCGUAAAAACGAGCCUGGCUUUCAGCACCGACAUCACGGUGCUUGGCUCAUGCUCCGGACCUGCACAAGAAGUGCAUUGAUCCUAUUGGCUGCUUGCCACAGUCAAAUGGUGCAAGACUUGAUGCCACAAGGAUGGAAGGAAGCAGUCCUCAGCGCGAUGAAUAUGUUGAGAUUCUGGGAAGAUGAGGUCGGUGAUGCGCAGGAUCGUCUUCAGAUAUUGACGGCUCUGAUAUCGGAGGUGAGCUGGUAGGUAAUUUUCGUGACAUGAUCUGAUAUUUUCUUAUCGUGCUCUUUCUUUUUUCACUCUUUCAAAUCUCAGAAAAGGCAAAAUAAGAAAAUUAUAAUCUAUUUACGAGGAAGUGAUGAUGAUGAAAGUUUCAUGUCUCGUGGUUUUGAAUGUCUUUUCCCUGCAGGACAGGUUACUACUUGGUGUGUCUAUAUGUUGGAUGGAAAUAUGUACAUAUUCUUUAUUUCUUCUCUGUAAUAAGUCUUGAAAAUCAACAAAAAGUCUAGGU